CUCAUACGUCACUGACCACUAUUACUCCAGCUACCGCUGCGACACUGUUUCAAUUUUAUCAUGCCCAUGGUUGCUGCCGCCGGAUCAAGCUCGCCGCUAUCGGCUUCCAAACCUAAGGCCAAGUCCAUUUCGCCAACGGCCAAAGGUAUCUGGUCUUUGGAGGAGCAUGACCGCUUCCUGGAGGCCAUGAAGCUCUUCCCUAAGGGUCCUUGGAAGUCAAUUGCCGACCACAUUGCUACGCGCUCUGUGCGUCAGGUGCAGACCCACGCACAAAAAUAUCAGGAGAAGGUGUCGCGUCGAUUGCGCGGCCUGCGAAAGUCGAAAAAGAAACUCGUGCGUCCUGAGCAUCGUAUUGACGAGGACACUAUGGAACUGUGCAAGCUUGUGGAUUGCGCCGCCGGGAAAUUGGUUGCAGCAAGCAAGAAGUCGACAUUGCGAGUCAGCGUCGUCGUGCUUGAGCCGUUGCAAAAGAAAAACAUCUUGAAGGAGGAGCCCGUUGAACCUCACAGUAGCCCACGGGGCACGGAUGUAGAUAUGAAGACCGAUGACUUCUUGCCGUUGCCAUUCCUGGACUUUGGUGAGGAUAUCGACCUGGAUCCAGUCCACAUCCCCACCGUCAGCGAGUCUCUAGACUUCUUGAUCGACUACCUGUCGAUAUAAUCUCUGCAGCCAGCCACAGCUCGGUUGCUGAUAGUGCAGUAGCAGGAAAGACCCGUCAUAUUUGG